AAGGUGCUUGCUCAUCAGACACUUUCAAAGAUGGCUCUUGCUAGUGUGUUGAACAGUGAUUGUGCGGAUUUUUCAUUUGAUAAAUGUCAGCCCUUUGGUUUUGCUGGUGGACCUGAACACAGCGGUCUGGGAUUCGAGUCUGCGCCGGGAGACGGCCUCAGUUUUUCCGUUAGAAACCCGCUUUGUGCGCCAGACGAGGACGGCGUCGAGAGGAAAAUAGAGUUUCUGCACGGAACCACCACUUUAGCGUUUAAAUUCCAGCAUGGAGUCAUUGUUGCGGUGGACUCUCGGGCCACGGCGGGCUCCUACAUUGCCUCACAGACAGUGAAGAAGGUGAUUGAGAUCAACCCCUACUUGCUGGGUACCAUGGCUGGAGGAGCCGCAGACUGCAGCUUCUGGGAGCGCCUGCUGGCCCGCCAGUGCCGCAUCUAUGAGCUGCGCAACAAGGAGCGCAUCUCAGUGGCAGCAGCCUCAAAACUGCUGGCUAACAUGGUGUACCAGUACAAGGGCAUGGGACUCAGCAUGGGAACCAUGGUAUGUGGCUGGGACAAGAGAGGCCCAGGCUUGUACUAUGUCGACUCAGAGGGGAACCGAGUGUGCGGCGACUUGUUUGCGGUAGGCUCGGGCUCCAUGUACGCCUAUGGUGUGAUGGACAGCGGCCUGCGGCACGAUCUGACCGUGGAGGAGGCCUGCGAGCUCGGCCGUCGUGCCAUCUACCAGGCCACUUACCGUGACGCCUACAGUGGAGGGCAGGUUAACCUGUACCAUGUCCACAGCGACGGCUGGACCAGGGUGUCCCAGGAAGAUGUGCUCAUUUUGCACCAGCAGUACAAGGAACAGGCAUAAUUGGUAAAAUGUAGAGAAUAAGAGGGGAGGAGGGGAGAGACGCGGGAGGGGUAGGAGUUCAUUGUAAUCUUUAAACUGUUUUGAAAUGUCAAUAGGGUCGUAUGUAGUAAAAAGGACUCAUCAGCCAAUUGGCUUCCACUUGCAUUACUUCUGUUGCUUGUUGCUAGCUUAGAGCUUCAUGUUGUACAUUUUUAACAAUGCCAGUGAGCUCCACUCACCCUGCGCAGAGUGUGAUUUGAGGGGCUGCAGAGAGCAGGCCGAUGACUCAAACAUGCUUUAAUACAGUGUGGGAGUAGUGUGUUGCUUGCCCUACAUACAUUUCAUUUGGAUCAUACCCUGCAAAACUACAUCUUCCUCAAUAAAACCUGUGAUCUUCUUUUUUCAA